AUCUCUAAGGUAGACGAUGCCGGGUUACCGAGGAUAUUGCAUUUUGUCAUCCUGGCUAUAUAACCUGUAAAAAGCUGUCGGUUUAUAUUAUACCUGCGUAUUUUCUUAAUAUAAUAAAAAGAUGUACAAACGCGUAGCGGCCGGUAGCGCCAUGAUAUUAACGAGAAACUUAGGAUUUGUUAAGGAUCGCGCGUUUGUGAGUGUAGGAUACCAAAAUAAAAAUUUUAGUUUGACGACUCAGAAUUCACGAUACAAAUCGCUAAAUCCAGUGAACACUAUCAUAAUGUUUGUUCCUCAACAACAGGCGUGGAUUGUAGAACGAAUGGGAAAAUUUCACAAAAUUUUAGAUCCAGGCCUAAACAUUUUACUUCCCAUCAUUGAUAAAGUCAAAUAUGUACAAGUUUUGAAGGAAUUAGCAAUAGAUGUGCCACAACAAAGUGCAGUAACAUCAGAUAAUGUGACCCUAAGUAUUGAUGCUGUGUUAUAUUUAAGAGUAACUGAUCCUUAUUUAGCAUCAUAUGGUGUUGAAGAUGCUGAGUUUGCUGUAAUUCAGGUAGCCCAAACCACAAUGAGAUCUGAAUUAGGAAAAAUAUCUUUAGAUAAAGUAUUCAGAGAAAGGGAAGAAUUAAAUGUCUCCAUUGUUGAAAGUAUCAAUAAAGCCAGUAGUGCUUGGGGAAUAAAAUGCUUACGAUACGAGAUACGGGAUGUAAAAUUACCAUCAAGAGUACAGGAAGCAAUGCAGAUGCAGGUAGAAGCCGAACGAAAAAAACGUGCUGCUAUAUUAGAAUCCGAAGGUGUUAGGGAAGCUGAGAUAAACGUGGCUGAAGGCAAACGACUCGCACGAAUUUUAGCUUCUGAAGCAGCAAGGCAAGAGCAAAUAAACAAGGCUAGUGGAGAAGCUGCAGCAGUAGUGGCAGUGGCAGAGGCACGAGCAAAGGGAUUACAAGUAGUUGCAAAUGCUCUUGGCACGGAAGAUGCAAAAAAUGCAGCAGCACUCAGUGUAGCAGAACAAUAUGUCAACGCGUUUAAUAAGUUAGCGAAAAUUAAUAAUACAUUAAUAUUGCCAAGUAAUGUAGGAGAUGUUUCAACGUUCGUAGCACAGGCGAUGGCAAUUUAUAAACAAGUAAUACCACAACACAGCAGUAAUGAACAAACAAAGCAAGUAAUGAGUAAUCAAUCAGAGGUUGAAAUGGAAAAUACCGAUGAAGCAUACGAAUAUUUUAGCGACAAGGAAGAAGCUGAAAAGCACAGAAAGAUGGAAAAACAAAAACCUUGAAGAUUAUAAAUGUUUAUAUCUGUAAUAAAAAAGAUAUUUUCAUAUUU